GAAGACUUUUACUCCGCCUGGCCAAGCGUCCACGUUGCUGAUACAAUGAGCUGCAGCAGUGUUGCAGGUUCAGAAUUCUCUGAGGAGGAGCUGGAGCUCGGCGGGCUCGGCCAAGGUGAAUACGAGGACAGCUCCAAAGCGUCGUUCCAAGACAGCGAGAGUUCAAGCAGCAGCCCCAGCGAACCGGAGGAAGGUCAGACCAAGAAGAGGAAUCGACCCGUCCGCUCGAAAGCCCGAAGAAUGGCCGCUAACGUGCGCGAGAGGAAACGCAUUCUGGACUACAACCAGGCGUUCAAUGCCCUCCGCGUCGCUCUGAAUCACGACCUCAGCGGCAAACGGCUCUCGAAGAUCGCCACUUUGCAGAGGGCCAUCAACCGCAUCUCUGCCCUCUCAGUGUUCCUGAGCUCAAAUCCCCCCAGCAAGCCCUGCGCCCACCGAGAGUGCAACAGGUCGUCUGCGGGGCCGGCAGCGUUGGGAGCGUCUCGACUCGAGCAAACCAGGGUGACGGUCCCUCGUCUGGAGCAUCAAAGCUACGUCCCCUGGCACGCGUCCUUCCCCCACCAGAUGCAGUCACAGCCAGGGCCUCACGUGCACAGGCUGCCCGGGGAGGCACACGUGUACAUGGACAACACUGCGUCAUCGUGCCCCCCGUCGCCGCACUUCCCUUGUUAUCCCACCGAGGGACAGCUUUACGCCUCGCACGGACACUGCAGCAGCCCCCACAACCAUCCGCCCAGUCCCCUGCGGUACCCUCAGGUGGGCGAGGGGCUGGGGUACCAGCCGGGCAUGUGGGGCCCGUGCACUCAAGGAUACAUGGACACUUAUGUGGAGCCUUCAGCCGCGUUGGGGCUUUCAUGGCAGGUGAGCUACCUGCAGGAGCCAGAGCACAGCCUCCCUGACGUCCUGUAACAAGCUACACACACACACACAACUGUGAAGCCCUGAAGAACACCAGAAGACUUGUGAAUGAUGUGAGGUUCUCCCGCUGUUGCUAUAUGCGUAAUAUUACAAUAACAGUAUCCAAUCACAGUCUCGACUACAGAAUGUUGUGUAUAUUGUGAAGUGUAUUUUUAUCUUGCAUUUCAAAAUGUUAAAUCUAAGGGAUGACGCCGCAGACGAUUCAAAGAAACAUGCUCUUGCCAUCAAACUGUCGUCUUCUUGGCGUUCUGCGCAAGUGAUUGGAAAUUAUGUUGCAUUACUAAAUGAAAAAGACCAUGAAAAGGAAUGAGUGGACUAAUCAAAUGUAACUGCUUCCAUAUGACAGUCGUUCGUUCUUUCUUUCUUUCUUUGAAAUUGUAAUGAGUGCAUCUUAACAAAUUGUGGCAAAGAUCCGGCACCAAACUUUACUAAUGUAUUUAUUGUCUGUAUUGCAUAAAAACUAUUGGCUGUUUUAAGGUUGUAAAGAGUCUGUACAUACUUUUUUCAAAAAAACUUGAUAAGUAAAUGUUUCAUUUAUAUGUUUCGUGUUAUGCCUUGUUUUGUAACAAAAUAUGUUUAAUCAGGUUUACUCAGUCCUCCAUUGUGUGCAUGGAUGUCCAUGAGCAUGCACGCCUGUGUGUGUGCUCUCGUACUGCUCUCUUUCUGAGGACCACUUUGAGUUUCACACCAUCAGCG